AUGGAACUGGGGAUGACAGCGAGGUUUUUACACAAAUUAUUUUCUUUUUUUUCUUUGUUUUUUUCCUUUCUUUCUUUCUUUCUUUGUUUGUUUCUUUCUUUUCAUAUACUUCUUUCUUUCUUUCCCUUCAUAUACAUCAUUCUUUUUAUCUUUCUUUUCAUAUACUUCUUUCCUUCUUUCUUUGUUUCAUUCUUUCUCGUCAUAUACUUAUUUCUUUCUUUCUUUUCAUAUACUUCUUUCUUUUUUCUUUCUCUUCAUAUACUUCUUUGUUUGUUUGUUUCUUUCUUUCUCUUCAUAUACUUUCUUUCCUUCUUUCUUUCUUUUCAUAUACAUCAUUCUUUUUUCUUUCUUUUCAUAUACCUUUUUCUUUCUUUCUUUCUUUCUCUUCAUAUGAUUCAUUUUUCUUUCUUUUCAUAUAGUUCUUUCUUUUUUUCUUUCUCUUCAUAUACUUCUUACCUUCCUUCUUUCUUUCUUUCCUUUCAUAUACUUCUUUUCUUCUUUCGUUGUUUCUUUCUUUCUCUUCAUAUGCCUUUUUCUUUCUUUCUUUCUUUCUUUCUUUCUUUCUUUACAUAUACUUCAUUCAUUUUUCUUUCUCAUCAUAUACUUCAUUCCUGCUUUCUUUUUUUCUUCAUAUGCUUCUUUCUUUCUUUCUUUUCAUAUAACUUCUUUUUUUUUCUUUUUCUUUGUAUACUUCUUUCUUUCUUUCUUUCUUUCUUUCUCUUCAUACACAUCAUUCUUUUUUCUUUCUUUUCAUAUACCUCUUUCCUUACUUCUCUCUUUCUUUCUCUUCAUAUGAUUCAUUUUUCUUUCUUUUCAUAUUCCUUCUUUCUUUCUUUCUUUCUCUUCAUAUACUUCUUUUCUUUUUUUUUGUUUCUUUCUUUUUCUUCAUAUGCCUCUUUCUUUCUUUCUUUACAUAUACUUCAUUCAUUUUUCUUUCUUAUCAUGUACUUCUUUCCUUCUUUUUUUCUUUCUUUCUCUUCAUAUGCUUCCUUCCUUCUUUCUUUCUUUUCAUAUAACUUCUUCCUUUUUUCUUUCUCUUUAUGUACUUCUUUCUUUCUUUCUUUCUUCCUUUCCAGUUCUUUUUCUCUUAGUCUUCAUGAGUAA